UUACGGAUUAUGUUGGUACUUUGUACUUACUACCUCACAAGUUUCCAAUGCCUUAGUUCAGGAUUAGUGUUCUUCAGAGAUUCGAGAAACAUGUUUGACCAUUUUCAUAUGUCUUAGUUGUAUUCUCAUCAUGUUUAGUGAUCAAUACUGUUUUUGAACAGUUAGAAACAGAGUCCAAAUUGACGGUUCAACUGUUUUUGAUAGCUUAACCUUCUCAACUAAGCCUCAUCCCGAAGCUCCAAGAUGAUGAAGUCGGGGCAUUGAAGGCUAUUGGAAAGAAAUUGGAGGUAAAAGACUGGGACUUCAGUGAAGAUCCCUGCAGCGGAAAAGGGAGUUGGAUCUCCAGAGUCUCCACUAAUUUAUCCACCUAUGGAGAGCAGUCUCACUUGCGAGUGCUCACCCAACUCAUCGUGUCACAUAAUCAAAAUCGUUUUGACAUCACAGAACUUACCAGGCAUUAUCCCCCCAGAGAUAUCUAAGCUGCAUCACCUUAAAUUUCUGAAGCUAGAGGGAAAUAAGUUUUCAGGCAGGAUUCCUCCCCAAAUGGGCAACUUGGUUAAUUUAGAGGAACUAUAUCUUUCGUCGAACUUUUUCAAUGGCAAUUUGCCCGAACAACUCGGGUUGCUUACGAAGCUGCAGUCAAUUAGACUUAAUGACAACAACUUCACUGGAAGAUUGCACGUUGGAAAUUGGAGGCAACUGAUAAAAUUGCAAAUGUAUGGUACCGGAUUGGAGGGUCCACUACCGUCUAGUCUUUCGGCCCUGACUAGCUUGUCUUAUCUUCAGAUUAGCGACUUAGGCGGAGAAUUGUCUCCCUUCCCUCCACUGAAGGAUUUGGAGUCUCUCAAGAUACUGGAAUUGAGGAGAUGCAACAUAAACGGGCAACUUCCAGAGUAUAUCGGUAAUAUGAAGAACCUAAAAACACUUGACCUCAGUUUUAAUUUCUUGACUGGCAAGAUUCCUUUGUCAUUCGCCAAUCUGAAGUCAGCUGAUUUCGUUUUCUUGACAGGGAACAAGUUGACAGGGGGAAUUCCAACUGAGUUCAUCGAAAGAAACAGAAAUUUAGAUUUAUGUUACAACAACUUUACUCUUCAAAGUUCAAUUCCUAAUGGGGAUUGCGACCAAGUCAAUAAUUUGAAUUUGGUGGAGAGCUUCUUCACGUCGAAUCAAUCAGUCGAGGGCUUCUCUUGUUAUUUAAAAAACUUCCCCUGCUUAGUGCCUAAAAGGGAAUAUAUAUAUAUAAGUUAUACAUAAACUGCGGGGGAGAUGAAGUAAAGGUGGACAACGAAAAGACAUUCGAAGGUAACCUAAAGGGCUAAGGAGCUUCUACUUUUAUCUAUGGCGCUGAGAAACGCUGGGCCUUUAGCAGCACCGGACGUUUUGUGGACGAUGUUAUAGAAGUGGAAGACUAUACGACAUCUAACACUUCUAGACUAUCAGUUAAUACAUCAUCUCCCAGUUUUUCACUUUACAAGACAGCUAGGUUAUCUCCUCUCGCGUUGAACUACUAUGCACUCUGUAUUGGUAAUGGAAAUUAUACUUUGAGUCUCCAUUUUUCUGAGAUAAUCUUUACCGACAACGACGCUGGCAAGCGUGUGUUCGAUAUCUAUGUUCAGGAGAGGUUAGUGUUUAAAGAUUUCAACAUCAAAAAAGCAGCUGGUGGAUCAGGUAAGGCCAUCAUAAAGACGGUUGUGGUAAAUGUAACCGAGCACAACCUUAAGAUUAGCUUGAGGUGGGCAGGCAAAGGGACAACAAUUUUUCCAAUUUCAGGAGUUUAUGGCCCUAUGAUCUCAGCUAUAUCUGUGGAACCCAAUUUUAAACCUCCGGUGUAUCAUGACAAGAGGAUUUCCCCAGGGAUAAUCUUUGCAGUGAUAGUCUUCUUUUCGCUUAUUAUAGCGAUUUUGGUCUGGAAAAGAAGAGGGCCCUGCUUGUUUGGCUGUUCGCUGGAUAUGCUGUCGCUAGCGAUUAUAGCCACAGUCACUAGAAAUUGUAGUUGAGUCCUUAAUAACAUUUAGCAACGAAGAAACAAUAUUUAUCUCUCUCUCUCUCUCUCUCUUUUUUUCUCCUUCCAAUGUACUUUAUUAAUCAGAAUCACUGUUCACAGAAAACUAGGAAAGGAAUGAUAUAUAUGAAAUGUGGAGUAAGACUAGUAGUAGCUUUUUUUGCUAAUAAGUCAGCACAAGAAUUCUGCUCUUGAUGUCGAAAGGUGAAUUUUAUAGAAGUAAACAUAGCAGUAAAAACUCCAUAUUGUAGUCAGGUAAUGUCGCAAGUGUGGGUUAGAGACAUUAUCAUUGAUUUGUGGGAUGAUGUUGAUGUUGUCUUCAAACUCAAUCAUUUGAUAACCCAAUGCCCAAGUUGAUUGCAUUGCCAAAAUUAAGGUUGUUCAUUCCGCCUCCUCAAUGGUUGAGCGUCCUUGGAAUAUCAAGCAGAAUUCUUGUGCUGACUUAUUACUAGCAAAAAAAGCUACUACUAGUCUUACUCCACAUUUCAUAUAUAUCAUUCCUUUCCUAGUUUUCUGUGUGAACAGUUGUAAACAAUGAUUCUGAUUAAUAAAGUACAUUGGAAGGAGAAAAAAAAAGCGAGAGAGAGAGAGAUAAAUAUUGUUUCUUCGUUGCUAAAUGUUACGGAAGAGACAUCAAUGGGCAAAACAUAAUCUCAAGUAUUUUCUUUGAUUUGCCAUCUCUUUUUGAAUGAAGUUGAUCACACAUUUUUUUAAAAAGAAGAAGAGUAAACCAAUGAAUAAUGGAGAAGAGGUGCACAAAAAAAAAAAAGAAUAAUGGAGAAAGAGUCAAAAGAGUGGGAAGACUGUAGCUUGUCUAGAGUGUUUGGAGUUAAAGGGUCUAAGUAUAAAUAAAUUAAA